ACUUAAAUUUCUGACCACCCUUGGGGUAUUAAACCUAAAUACUUACCACGAUUGGUGUAGCUUGAAUUUCACGUGGGAUAUCUGCGCUAGUCGUCCCUAAUUUAGCAAUGAUAGACUAGAGGGAAGGAAGUUAUAUAAACACCACCCAUCUCCAACUUUUGGGCUACUCCUUUACCGAAGAAAAGCGAAAUUGAUCGUCACAUUAUAACGCUGAAAAGGCGGGCAUGUCCGAUGUAACGGGGAAUCGAACCCGCGACGCACAGAUUGCUAGUCGAGCACCUUAACAAUAAAAUGGCAUAUUUCUAAAGCGAUUUAUAUAGUCAAAACAUACUGAAGUUUGUGUUUGAGGCUAAACUAAUAUGUUUGUUUACUUUUUCAUGUUAUUCAUCCUCCAUUUUAUUUCAAGCUCCCACGUAAGGACACGAGAUGAUUGGCACCACGUCAAUAAUUCUGUACUUUAUAUUACAUCUGGAGUUGAUAACAGCUAUAAAUCUCGAAAAAGACGGAAGCGAGUCUCCUGUUAUCAACACAGAGUCCGGCCUAGUUCGUGGAUUGACCACAAACACUGCAAAUGGAAAGACUGUAGACGUGUUCUGGGGAAUUCCUUAUGCAGAGCCACCUACUGGUCAUUUAAGGUUUCAACGUCCUCAACACAAAGAACCUUGGGAGGGAGUUCUAAAUGCUACGACCAAACCAAACUCUUGUGUCCAGAUCAACCACGUUCCUCCAGAAAACUUCUCCGGAGAUACUAGUUGGUUUAUCAAGACUCCUUUAAGUGAGGACUGUUUGUAUCUCAAUAUCUGGGUUCCACACCCCCAGCCACAGAAUGCACCUGUCAUGGUCUGGAUUCACGGGGGUGGUUUCACUUCAGGUUCAUCUACUCUGGAUAUUUAUGAUGGCGAAAUAUUAUCCUCUGAGGAGAAUGUCAUCGUUGUUUCCAUAAAUUACCGUGUAGGAAGCUUGGGUUUCCUUUAUUUCAACCGAUCAGACGCGCCUGGUAACGUUGGACUUUUCGACCAACUCAUGGCUUUGGAAUGGAUAAAUAAGAAUAUUGUGUAUUUUGGCGGUGACUCGGGAAAAGUGACGAUUUUCGGAGAAAGUGCUGGAGCCAGUAGCGUGAGCUUACAUCUUUUAUCGCCUUUAAGCCAAGGUCUAUUUAACAACGCAAUAAUGGAGAGUGGCUCAAUAUUGAACUCUUGGAGUUUACACGAUCGUGAAGUUCUGAUUCACCCCUUGAUUGAUGGCAGCGAAGGAUCUUUAUUCUUGUUCUAUGAAUUUCCAGAAAUAUUCAAGAAAGAAGAAGAAGUUGGUGUCACUCGGAAGGAGUUUCAUAGAUUAGUGGAAAAAGUAGUUCACGACACAAAUAAUUUCCAGAGAAAAGCUAUUGUUUUCCAAUACACAGACUGGCUAGAAGAGGACAACAUCUAUAGAAACAGGGACAUGUUGAUUGACUUGGUGGGGGACAAGUUUAUCACGUGCGAUACUAAUGAAUUCGCCCAUAAAUACGCACAGCGAGGAAACGACGUCUUUAUGUACUACUUUACUCACACACCUUCUGUUAGCUCUUGGCCCCGGUGGAUGGGUACUACACAUGGUGACGAAAUAUCCUUUGUGUUUGGAGCACCUUUAAACUCUCUUCUUGACUACAGCACCGAGGAGCAAGAACUUGCCCGAAGAAUAAUGAAACACUGGACAAAUUUUGCUAGAACAGGGUAA